AGUAAAACUGUUCACUUGUUUCUAAAUAAAUUCAGCUGCCGGACGAGUUGGGACAAUCUCUGCUCGCGAGAUCAUCGCGAGUCUCUUCGUCGCCAAAUUCUCAGGUGGUCUGAAAAAUACUGCCUUCCAUCAAAACUUCGUUCAUUCCCACUGGUGUUUAAGAUGGUAAAAUUGACUAUGAUAGCACGUGUGACUGAUGGCCUUCCUUUAGCUGAAGGAUUGGAUGAUGGCCGUGAUUUAAAAGAUUCUGAGUUUUAUAAGCAGCAAGCAAAGCUAUUAUUCAAAAAUCUGUCCAAUGGACAUAAUGAGGCUUCUAGAAUGUCAGUUGAGACUGGCCCUUACGUAUUCCAUUAUAUCAUUGAAAACCGUGUUUGUUAUUUGACAUUGUGUGACCGUUCCUACCCCAAGAAGCUUGCUUUUCAAUAUCUGGAAGACCUGAAAAAUGAAUUUGAGAGGGUCAAUGGGAGUCAAAUUGAAACUGCAGCAAGGCCAUAUGCUUUUAUCAAAUUUGAUACAUUCAUUCAGAGGAUGAAGAAACUGUAUUUGGAUACUCGUACUCAGAGGAACCUGGCAAAGUUGAAUGAUGAACUAUAUGAAGUCCACCAAAUAAUGACCCGCAAUGUGCAGGAGGUUCUUGGUGUUGGUGAAAAAUUAGACCAGGUCAGUGAAAUGUCAAGUAGAUUGACAUCUGAUACUCGCAUCUAUGCAGACAAGGCAAGAGAUUUAAAUCGACAGGCUUUGAUUCGGAAGUGGGCGCCAGUCGCCAUUGUGCUUGGUGUCGUCUUCCUGCUGUUUUGGGUCCGAAAGAAGAUCUGGUGACUGAACCGGCAAUGCACAGUGGGUUUUCUUCCCAAACUGAUCCAGGUUUCCUGGCGAUCAAAUUCGAGUGCCCAGACAUGAAUCUUGGUCCUCUGGUUGCCGUCUAAUGAUUUAAUUACAUCUUCGAGGACAUUUAAGCAGAUGAUAUCUGUUUUUGUUCCACCUUUUCCCUACUCCGUGUACCCUUAAAAACAAAAUUCCAAUAUUAGCUCAGACUUUGCAAACAUUACAAGAGAUAGCACAGCUCAUCAUUUUGUUGAAAAUGUGAGAGAAAUUUGUCAAAUUGAGACUAUUGCCCUUCCAGAGUCACUCCAUAAACUCUGUGGCCAUAUUUGUCUGAAGUUUUUUAGAACUUUUAUAUUGAUUAAAUAUGUGUGUGUAUUCAAUGGCGA